GGCAACCCUGCUCAACAAAUUGUCGUGAUUUUAUUUGUUAUAAAUAUUUAGAAUUAUUGUGUGUUUUGUGGUAAAAUAACUUUUAUUUAGACACUUAAGAGCAUAUACUACGCCCGGGGAGCGAGGCAGACACGAAAGAUAACUUUUAUUCGGGGAACUUGUGUUUAUUUCAUAAGAAACUGAAAUCGGUCUGAAAAAUGGAGCGACGUGUUAAAUUAAAAACCAUUAAUCCGCACAUAACGUGCAAAAUCUGCGGCGGCUACUUCAUAGAUGCGACCACAGUGACUGAGUGUCUACACACAUUUUGCAAGAGCUGCCUGGUCAAGCACCUGGAGGAAAAGAAAACCUGCCCCACCUGCGAUAACAUAAUACAUCAGUCACACCCGCUUCAGUACAUAAGCUUUGACCGCACCAUGCAGGACAUUGUUUAUAAAUUGGUGCCUAAGCUGCAAGAAGAUGAAUCGCGACGCGAGCGUGACUUCUACAAGAGUCGAAAUAUGCCAUGUCCAAAGGAUAUUACGCAAAAUCACGAAGAAGACAAUGAAAAGGUUAUGGAAGCCCACGCUGAAUCCGAUUUCCAUCGACUAGAUGAGCAGGUCAACGUGUGUCUCGAGUGCAUUAGCAAUAAUUUUAAGAAUCUGCAAAGGCGUUUUAUACGCUGCAGUUCCCAGGCCACCAUCACACACUUGAAAAAGCUUGUCGCCAAGAAGAUAUUAAACGGCAUAGAAAAAUAUCGAGAGAUUGAUAUUUUAUGCAACGAAGAGCUGCUGGGCAAGGACCACACGUUGAAGUUUGUUUAUGUCACUCGUUGGCGUUUCAGAGAUCCGCCGUUGCGCUUACAGUUUCGUCCACGAGUCGAGCUUUAACACACUAAAGUGAACUAUUUUUUUUGUAUAAUUUA